CACGUUUGUGUAUGUGACGCGUUGAGCGCGUGGAGCCAUAUUAUUCACUCAAUUCGCUGUGUUGAAGGCAUGGACUCCGUUUAUCUUCAUUUUACACUGUUUUAUAUCGUUUUUCUGACUCUUACGAGCCGGUUCGCGAUAGGAGAGGACGGUGCCGACUGUCCUGCAGAUGGACGCACAUGGUUGCCGUUCAACCUCAACUGUUAUCACUUCGUCCAUGGAGAGGAGGAUGUUGCCAAAAGCUACUCCAUUCAAGAUGCAAAGAACAUGUGCAGAGGCUAUGAUCUGUUGACAGUGAAAAGUGCUGAGGAGAAUGACUUCGUCGUUAAGUACAGUCCUUUUGUGUGGAAAGGUAAAAUGAACAUCUGGCUUGGAAUGUACUACGACAGCGACGAGGAUGUCUUUAAGUGGCAUGAUGAUAACGGCGUGUUGCGCUAUAGUAACUGGGAGGACGGUGGCUCUGAUGACACUGAUCUACCGCUCUUGGACACGUGUGUGGUUCUUCAUGCCGACACGGGGAAGUGGGAGAACGUCAGCUGCACGGUUGAACCUGAGAAUGGAGUAGUGUGUAAGACGAAGGCAGUCUGGAUAAGCCCACCUCAGGGCAGUCCUCUUCUGUUAGCUCUGGUCAUCAUCAGCGUGGUGCUGAUUCUGCUCAUCUCUACAGUGGUUUGGUUGUUUCGUCAAAGAAGCGACCCAGGCUCGUCCAUCCUGAACCUGAUCGAGUACCAUCUGCCCUUCAGAUCCCCUUCCUCCGAUCAGGCCUGCUUGGUAGAUGCUGAUGAAAUCAAGGAGGUACCUUAGUGUUUUUCAUCCGUGCCCAGGUGAGAAUAAGCAGCAGGCGUUCAUGGGAGUUUCAGUCAUAGAUCAGUUGAAUUCUGUCCUCAUCACGAGACUUUGAAUCGUUUGUUAAUGUUGUGUGCGUGCGCCAAAUUCUGUUUCUGUUGUGAGAUUCACAAAAUGGGAAGUUUCGUCAGAUUUCUCCCGUUGUGGUAGGACCAGUAUUUAUUUUCCAAUCAUACGUGUUUGUCACUGCUAGUCCUCUAUAAGCACCACAAGUUUGUAGACACAAAUACUUCGUGAUUGCCAAUCGCAGUAUUUUUUUAAUGCUGUUGUAAUUGUUUUUAUGAUUUUAUUUGCCACUAACAAUCAUCUGUAUCUAUAUUGUAAUGAAUUAAUCUAAAGGUGUAAACUUUAUCCACACGUAAGCAACAAGCCAUAGAGAAACGAAUCAAGUGUUGGUCUUUCAAAAUGAAUAAAAUAUUGUCAAACA